AUGGGAUUAUUUGAAGAAUGUAAUCAUAAAUGGACUAUACCAGAAUGGUCCAGAUUACCUUUAAAGAGUGUUUUAAAAAGCCAACGCUUCAAUGUCGGAAAUCAUGAAUGGAUUGUCGAGUUAUAUAAAGGGAGCUCAAAGCAUCCAGAGCACCUUGGAAUAUUUUUUGAACCAAUUGGAACACAUUUAAAAAGUCAUAAAGAAAAUUAUAUCAAGACAUUUAAAGUCUCCUUAUCUAUAAUUAAGCCAGGAAUACAACCUAUAGAUAAAGAAGGAGGAGCUUCAGACGGAUGGGGAUAUUAUGAAGCCACUGCAUUGCAAAAUUUACAAAAUUAUCUCACGGACGACCAACUUACUCUUUAUUUUGGUCUGAAUAUCGAACAAAAAACGAAAAACUCACUAUGUGGACCCUAUUUACAUCCGAAACAACCUCUCAGGUUUUCCGAUCAAGAUCUCAAAUACUUUCAAGACGUUACUAUACAUGUAUUCAAGGACGAAAACGACGAAUCAAACGAAAAUGAAAACGAUUUCAACAAAGAUUCUAUUGCUAGUAUAAGCAGAAACAAAGUCAAGAAAGCUAAAAGCAAUGGUGGAACCACAUCAAAUGAAAAGAUCACAAUACAUGGUCAUAAGUUUAUUCUUGCUACAGCAUCUCCAUGGUUUAGGGAUAUAUUCUUCAGUGGCAUGAAGGAAUCUACCCAAAACGAAGUGACAAUAUGUGGCAUUGACCCAAGACUAUUCAAAUGGAUUUUCGACUUUAGCUAUGGGAAGGAUAUAUAUAUAAAAGACAGUACCCAUGGUAUAAACAUUAUAAAAGUUGCCGAUCGUCUCCAGUUCAAAUAUAUCAAGGAAUAUGCUUUUUCAUGCUUGCGAACUCAAAUCAAUAUGUCCAACAUACUUGAUAUCUGGGAAGCAUCAGAUCUGUACGACUGUACUGAAACCAGAACAUCAUGCGAGAUAUAUAUGAAAAGUAACUACACUGAUAUCUUUAUAUCUCCGGAGUGGCUUUCUGUCAACGAUAAUUGUGCCCUCAACGCAAUCAAGAUAGAUGGCUUAAAAGGGAUAGUUGAUGAGACAGUAUUUUACAAAGCGGUACUUGCAAGGAGAGAGGCCGCCACCCAGAAGGUGAUCGACUUACAAAAACUGAAAGAGGAAGAAUCAGGGGAUGAAGUCACUAAAGCACUACCUGGUACUCCCACUCCCAGUAAUGUAAAUCUAUACGAGAAAAUCCAAAAAGAAAUCAAAGAUAUUAAAGGUGCCAAAGGUGCCAAAGAUACCAAAGGAGAAAGCAAAGACAAUGACUAUACUACAGAUACCCAGACAGAGACAGAGACUGAAAAACUUGAAAGGCUGGAGAAUAUGCGAUGGGAAAGAUAUAUUAAAGAGGAAUUGGAAGCUAUACAAAAGCACUUUGAGGUUAUGAUUUGUCACAUACGGUUCCCCCAAAUGGACAUAGAAUUUAUUGCAGAUACAGUCGAAAAAGAAGAUGCCGUUAUGCAGAUACCCGGAAUCAAAGACAUCCUAUUUGAAUCCUAUCGACACAAGGCCUUCCUUGGAAAGAGAGAAUUGUCAAAGAAGUAUCAAAGUAGAUCAAUCGAAUCAAAAUAA